GCGCCCGGCCCCGGCGGCUAUAAAGAAAUGGAGGCGGCGGGGCGCGGCCUGGCGGCGGUAUGACCGAGGUGAAGCUGGCCGUGCUGGGCGGCAGCGGAGCCGGCAAGUCGGCGCUGGCGGUGCGGUUUCUGACCAGGCGGUUCAUCGGAGAGUACGCGUCCAACGCCGAAUGCAUCUACACUAAACACUUAUGCCUGGAUGGGAGGCAGAUACACUUGGAAAUUUAUGACCCUUGUUCACAGCCACAGCAGGGGAAACUCUCCCUCACAGACGAGCUCCACUGGGCUGAUGGAUUUAUCAUUGUUUACGACAUCAGUGACAGAGCAUCAUUUGCAUUUGCAAAAGCAUUGCUGUACAGGAUCCGAGAGACUCAUAUAGGAGCUUGUAAAAAAAUGGUGGAGUCAUCAGUAUUUUUGGUUGGUAAUAAACAGGAUUUAUGCCACAUGAGGGAAGUUGGCUGGGAUGAAGGACAAAAGCUGGCAAUAGACAACAAGUGCCAAUUCUGUGAACUGUCUGCAGCAGAACAUUAUCAGGAAGUUGUGGCAAUGUUCACGAAGGUCCUGAGGAAUAUCACCUCCAAUUUCAAACUGAAGGAGAAGAGACGACCAAGUGGAUCAAAGUCAAUGGCCAAGUUAAUCAACAAUGUGUUUGGAAAGAGAAGGAAAUCUGUGUAAAAGAUGGUUAGUCUUGAAGUAGGAGCAAGCUGAAAUAACAGAGCACAGGCAGCUCUUGGGAUUCAGUCAAUAUCCUCCGAAGAUCAAUGUCUGAAGGAGUAAGACAGUAGAAACCAAAGGCAGGAGAUAGUAUGGUCAAGUGGACAGGGUCUAGACAUAGGAGACCUGACCUUCUAUUUCCAGUUCUACGACAGAUUUGCUGUGACUAUGUCACUUAAACUCGAAGCUGCUCCUCUCACCCUUUAUCUCCUAAGUUCUUCAGAGGAGACUUUUAGUCUGUAUUUAUUCGACACCAGCACGGUCUUGGAUAGAGCUUCUAAGUGUGACUGAAAUAUAAACGGUUAUUUCUAAUAAAUGCAGCCUUGCUGAUUAAAAUAUUAUUUUAGAAAUCUGAGAAGUAGUUGUUUUUUGUGCAAGAACACUUGCACUAAAGAAAAGCAAAAUACUGCUGCUUCACGUGAUAAUAUAUUUGUAUUUAACUCAAGGAAGGAUGUCUCAGAUCCUCAUAUGCCUAAAGGUGCCUAACACCUGCUGAAAUUCAUAUGAAUUAAAUGCUUAUACACCAAAUCUACAAAAGGUAUUUAUCUGCAAAGCUGCCUUGCAGAGACACCAGAGGUAGGGAAGCAGAUAAACAAAGCAGUAUUGUCUCCUGUUUCAGUAUCUUUUUUUUUCUUUUUUUUUGAGUGAUGAAAGAAAGUAGAGAGGGUUGAGGAGGGUGGAAACUGAAAUGUUAGUGAAACGUUAGUGAGUCUUGGACUGUUUUGGCAAGUUUAUUCUUUAGUGAAAUAAUUUUAUGUCUAGGGACAAUGUAAGGCCAGGGUAACAUCUUGGGCUGAUCCCUUUCACAGAAGUUUUCAUAGACUAUAACAAACUUUUCUUACCUGUAAGGUGGAUGUGCAUGUUCAGUUUUGAAUGGGAGCGGAAGCUUGAAAAGCAUAUGGACUGGUAAAGACCACAAGUUCUUUAGGAUGUCUGCCUGGAUUUAGAAGUCAGCCUGCUGGUAAGACCUGUGCUCCUAACUUUCAUGGAGUGUUUUUCCUAAGGACCAAUGUCUUUACAACUAGUCAUCGCUAUGGUAUUGAAAUGCCACUUGAGAGAGCACUAAGGAAUAUGUUAGCUACAGUUUUCAAAUGUUCAUAAUAAACAUCAGAGGGGUCUAAAUAUGUUGUUAAUGGACAUUCAGAGCUCUUACUGUAGACAGCUAAAUAAGGGAUUAGCCCAGCAUGUUUGAAAGUGCUGUGCUCAUAGAGGAGUUAUGAAAGGGAAGAGAAGUGAUCUGAAGAUGAAUUACUGCCUCCUACCCAUUCCAGAGGACAGCUGGGAUUCAGUCUUUUAAGCUGCUGAGUUGAAGCCUACCUCUGCUCUGAAAUUUUACCUGCAUUGAAACUAGCAAGAUUAUUUUAUCAGCCACAGCAGAAUACCAAUUUUUGAAUCUCCACCCUCAUGAGAUAACAUAAAAAAGCUAUAUAAUCUUAACAUUUCUCUUGUAAAAUAAAACUAAAGCACAGUUUAAUAAGUGUUGACCAAAGAUCACUUCCUUUUUAAGGAAAAUAUACUGUUUAUUUCACUUGUUUUAAGACUACAAAUAUUGGAAUAUAGUUCUCAGUGUUAACAGGCACAGUGUUGCUUUAUUUCUAUGCAGUUGCUGCUCUGCCAUAUCAGGAGUAGUGUAUUUAACUGUAUCGUCAAUAUUUAUGAGGCUGAACUUGAAGACUACUCAUAUACACCCUUCAGCUUUCCAGCACACGUGGAAUUCCACAACUACUAAUAGACUGUCGAUCUGUUAGGUAGCAGUAUCUCAUGCCAGAUUUGAGAACUCUUAUCUGUAUUUACUGCUAUGGUAUUAAAUAAACUGGAUACAAGAUGGA